CAUAUCUAGGGUUUACCCAUCCUACCUUAAACACCCGCAUAACCUCAAAAACUUGUUUUCUUCUUCUUUCUUUGUAGCCGAAGGUUGUUUGCUCCAGCAGCUCAGAGGAAUAAAAGAUGGUUAAGCAUAACAACGUUAUCCCCAACGGCCAUUUCAAGAAACAUUGGCAGAACUAUGUCAAGACAUGGUUCAACCAGCCUGCCCGUAAAACCAGGAGACGCAACGCUAGACAAGCCAAGGCUGUAAAGGUUUUCCCGAGGCCAGCUGGAAGGCUUCGCCCUCAGGUUCAUGGACAGACCCUAAAAUACAACAUGAAACUUAGGGAGGGCCGUGGAUUUUCUCUUGAGGAGUUGAAGGCCGCAGGUAUUCCUAAGAAACUUGCUCCAACUAUUGGUAUUGCCGUGGACCAUCGCCGCAGGAACCGCUCUUUGGAAGGUUUGCAGGCUAAUGUUCAGAGGCUAAAAACCUUUAAGGCUAAGCUCGUUAUCUUCCCAAGACGUGCGAGGAAAACCAAGGCUGGUGACUCUACACCAGAGGAGCUAGCAAAUGCCACUCAGGUUCAAGGUCCAGUAUUGCCUAUACCCAGAGAGAAGCCUGCUGUUGAACUUGUGAAAGUUACUGAAGAGAUGAAGUCAUUUGGUGCUUACUCUAAGCUACGUGUUGAGAGAACAAACAAACGUCACUUGGGUAAAAGGCUGAAGAGGGCUGCAGAGGCAGAGAAGGAAGAAAAGAAAUAAGCCCUGUCUUGGUUUCAAUGUUUGUUUUGAUUACCUACCUGUUUGAAAUUAUUUUGAACUCUAUUUUCUUUAGAGAUGGUGUGUUAGCUCAUGUUAUAAACUUUUUUGAGUUCACUCUUUUGAUCUCAUUCUGAUUACAUUGCUUCCAUCAAUGUAUUAAGAUUUGUCUCGUG